AUGCACGUUUCCUACCUUUCGCAUUUUAUCCUUUUUAGAGGCCACAGCUUUGAGGGCUUUGCCUUAAAGGGCAAGGGCAUUAACAGUGGAGGGAUUGGCGAGAGUUUUCGGCAUCCCACCAAGGUUCAAAUGUUCCUCCAAUACCAGCGACGUCUCGUUGGUUUUUCACAAGGCCACUGCGUCGGGGCGUUUGAUUCAGAGCUGAAACCGCGCUGCCCAGACAAUCUCAAAAGCACAGGUGGACAACAUCAGAAAAGAGAGGAUGAGUGGAACUUUGAAGAGAAGAGGAGUGGACAGAGUUCAGAAUUCCUUAAAACUGAAGCUGUGGAGAAUGGAAGGAUUCGUGAGGAUUAUUGUCUCAGGCUUUUCAAGCAAGCACACGUCUCAGCUGGAAUUGACUUCGACAAGUAUGACAACAUUGAGGUGACGACGCAUGGAGGUGCAAAAGAUGUGACCGCGAUCGAGACGUUUCAAGAGGCCUGCGAGAGAUACUCUUUGCCUGAUGAAUUGACUGCCAACAUUCAACGUUGUGGCUACGGAGUUCCCACUCCUGUGCAGAAGCACAGCAUACCUGCGGUGCUCGAAGGAAAUGAUGUGCUGGUGACCGCGCAAACUGGAAGUGGGAAGACAGCUGCCUUUUUGAUUCCAAUCAUUACUGCAGCGUUGAAAGCUGGUCCCAAGCCUGCUAAGGAAGGCGCCGUGUGCCCUACCAGCGUGGUGCUGUCACCCACCCGCGAGCUCUGUCAGCAAAUCACAGUCGAGGCUGAAAGGCUGACCUUUCGAAGCGGUGCACGUGUUUGUGCAAUUUAUGGCGGAGCCGAUGCUAUUCCACAACUGCGAAAAUUUGCUGGGGGCAUCGAGAUUGUGGUGUGCACUCCUGGCCGACUUGAGGACUUCCUGCAACGUGGUGUGUUGAGCAUGAAGGAGGUAAAAUUCCUUGCUCUGGACGAAGCCGAUCGCAUGCUGGACAUGGGCCGCUCGGUUCAUUCGCAGAUGAUGUUCUCCGCCACUUUCCCAUCGGAGAUCCAAGAGUUGGCCGGUGAUUUCCUGGACUCGAAGUAUCGAAGCAUUUCAGUAGGCGCAGUUGGUGCAACAACCAGCAGUGUGGAGCAGCGCUUUGAGUUCCUGGGUGCACCAAAAGUCAAAACUCUUACGGACGCGACCAGUGCAGACAAAUUCGAGCUUCUCCUGGACGCAUUGAAGGAGGUUGAGGGCGAGCAGGGCGCGGCAAAGACCAUUGUCUUUGCAAACUCCAAGGACAUGGUCGAUGACCUUAGAUACCGCCUGAGAGACAGCCGUGUUCGAUGCACCAGCAUGCAUGGAGGUGUCAGCCAAGCGCAACGUGAUCGGGCUCUGAGCGAUCUCAAGGGUGGCCUUGCCAAUGUCUUGGUAGCCACUGAUGUCGCUGCCCGUGGCCUUGAUUUGCCCGGAAUCGACCAUGUGAUAAACUAUGAUCUGCCACAGAACGCAGAGGACUAUGUGCAUCGUGUUGGCCGAACAGGUCGUAUUGGGAAUAAGGGCGUGGCCACGUCCUUUGUUGGCCGCAGGGAGCCCGCACUGAAGGACUGGCUGGAUGCUGAUGCUUUAGGCUACGGCUACAAGGGACAUUUUGACGCUAUUUUAGUGUUUCAGGCCGCCGCCAGAGGUAGCCAGUAG